AUGUCAAAUGGUUCUAAUUGGAGUUUCUCGCUAAGUCUGAGUGAAAGGUCCAAGCAGCAGCCCCAACAGCAACAGUCAAAGCAACCACAAGAUGCGCACCAAGCUCAUCAAGCCCAGAAGGCGAAACAAUCACCACAAGUAAAUCAGCAGUCCCACCAACAGCCAGCAGGCAGCAACCUUGGUGCUAUAACGGAAGCCUCGAGAGAAAACUCAGAGACGAGCAGCAGGAAAGCUAGUGUGGUAGAUGGUGCAGCCCCACUUAAUGAUGGCGGCGCGAAUAGAAGGAAAUCAAGCUGGUGGUUUUGGUCAGAAGAGGGCCAAGUGGAUGGAAUACAAGAAAAUGAUAAUGCAGAGGAGAAUGAAGAUCAAUCAAAUGUAGCACAGGAGCAGAUACUGGCAGAAGAUGCAAAUGAGAGCAAUGGUAAUGUCAAUGAUGAUAGUUUCUUCACAUAUCGUAGAAUGAGCUCGGUGAUCAGCUAUGUGUAUACGACUGGAAAGCUGGAGGGUGCAACAGAAACCUCGCCCUUAUUACUAAACGAAGCAAACAUUUCAAACAAUAAACAUCCUGAGACUGCUGAAAGCGAAGAAACUGAAGGCAGUGCAUGGUUCUCGUGGGUCUGGAACCCAUUCGGACCAGCUUCAAAUGGAGACGGGGAGCCUAACUUAGAUGAUGACUUGUUGAAGUCGGCCAAGGUUGCUAUUGAAGCGAAUAAAGACUCACUACACUAUGCCUUUAAGAACAAUAGAACACAGAUCGACUCUGCCUACGGAGAAUUGGCCGUAAGCCAUACUAAGACAGAAGUGCAACCUGUGCGAUACAAGUACAAAAAAGUUCCACUAAUUCCAAAUCAAGUCCAGGAACAGCAGUUAGCAGCUGCUCCGAAUAUAAUAGCUGCAGCUACAUCUGGUAAUCCUGCGACAAUCUUAGCACCACCUCAAUCUAAUACAUCUGCAACAGGGACGCCCAGAAAUGCGAAAAGUCUAAGCCCUCAAUUACCUCUGGCUAGUGCCUUUGAAAAAAUCGACAGCAUCAAGUUAAAUAAUGGGACUAGGUCAUCUUCCAAGCAGACAUCGCCUGUUCCUCUUUCAGCUCCCCAAUCCGAACAGCUUCAGACUCAAGUCUAUGCCCAAAAUAAUGGUCAAAAACAAGCAAUUUCUCAAGCUAAUGGGCACAGUCAAUUCAAUGGACAUGGACAUCAUCAUCAUGGUCAUGCAAGUAUUCUGGGCUCUUCUGCAUCCUCAAUCAGAUCUUCUCGCUCCCUUCUCUCAACUUACAGAAACCACCUAGUAGCUCCGACGGUAGAUGAGAAUUUCAGAACCCUAACUGUAAAAACCAAAGUAAGACUUGUUGGUGAGCAUAUCCUCUUCAAAGAUGAGACCAGCGAAGUUCAUUUAUACAAAUCUACACCUAAGAAUAUCGCAUUAAAGAAAACUUCCAAAAUCAAGAAAAUCGUGGUAAUUGGAGUACAUGGAUUCUUUCCUUUUAAGAUGGUAAAAGCACUAAUCGGAGAGUCUACAGGAAACUCCAUGAGAUUUACCAAUGAGGCUACCAAGGCAAUAUAUAAAUGGUUAGACAUCGAAGAAGAGCACGAUACAGACGAAGUUGAUAUUGCAACAAUUUCAUUAGAAGGUAAGGGUAAGAUAUCCGAAAGAGUAGACAAUCUAUACAAAUUACUACUAAAUUGGGAAGAUUUAAUUACCAGUUGUGAUUUCUUAUUCAUAAUUGGGCACUCUCAAGGAAGUGCAGUGGCGAUUCAUUUACUUUCAAAGUUGAUAUCAGAGAGUAUCGUACGGCCCAAAUUGCAAAAGGUUGGAUUGCUCAGUAUGUCAGGGAUACUACAGGGUCCUUUUACAGGGUUGGACAAUAAGAUUAUCAUAAGAGCAUAUACCCAAACAGAAAAUGAGAUUUUAAAUGAGUUAUUCGAAUUCCAAAAACCCGGAAGUAGCCAGCGACUCAGCUUAAAUGAAAGUCUAGAGACACUUAUAGAAAAUAAUGUGAAAAUCACCCUCUCGGGGUCAAUAGAUGACCAAUUGAUUCCAAUGUACCUGUCCUUGAGUAUAACUCUCAAGCAUCCAAAUAUUUUCAGAUGCAUCAAUGUCAGUGAAAAUUGUGAUUAUCCCAAUUUCAUUAUUGUCUUGAUUAAGAUAAUAUUAAUGUUGAUGAAUAUGGGACGCGGAGACCAUGGAUUACUUAUAGAGUUGAGUAAAAUAUGCAUGGGGACUACAUCUAAAGGUGGGCAUAGUAAGAUCUACCUUAAUAACGAAAUCUAUUUCAAUGCAAUCAAGCAUACAAUUGAAACUACCAGCUUAAAUCAUUGGAAGCCAUUGCAGUACACUGGCGGUACUUCGGGACCCAAUGGAUUUAAUUCUAUAUCCGAGAGUGUAAAUAGUGUCGGAGGUUCAGCUAUACCAAAUGUGUAUCUCUUGCCGUGGUGCAUUAGAGAGUUAUUAGAGGAAUUAGGACAAACGAAGCAUAUUAGAGGAGUUAGCUUAGCUAGAGAAUUGGUUUACGAGUACAAGAAUUGGGAGCCUACAACGAAAAAUUGGAAAGAAAUCAAGUUCUGCUUAGAAGCCUUGGAAGAAUUUGACAUAGAAGAGAUAUACAGCUAG